AUGUUGACGCGACUCUUCAGCGAGCCCAGCCUGAUCCCAGAAGUUCAGAAAUUCUCCAGCUGGGCAGACGACUGCGACGACGACGACGACGAAGACGACGAGGCCAGCGAUAAAGAUGAGCGGAAGGGCAAGAGCUGCCCCCUCCAGGACGAGCAGACCGACGGGGAGGCCAAAGACGACCAUGACUUAGGGGGCGAGGAGGAGGAGGAAGAGGAAGAGGAAGAAGGGGUCGAGGAGGCGGAGGGGGAUCGCCCUAAGAAACGGGGCCCCAAAAAGAGGAAGAUGACCAAGGCCCGGCUGGAGCGCUCCAAGUUGAGGCGCCAAAAGGCCAACGCCCGCGAGAGGAACCGCAUGCAUGACCUGAACGCCGCCUUGGACAACCUCCGGAAGGUGGUGCCUUGUUACUCUAAGACUCAGAAGCUGUCUAAGAUCGAGACGCUGAGGCUGGCCAAGAACUACAUCUGGGCCCUGUCGGAGAUCUUGCGCUCGGGCAAGAGGCCGGACUUGGUGUCCUACGUGCAGACUUUGUGCAAAGGCUUGUCGCAGCCCACCACCAACUUGGUGGCGGGCUGCCUGCAGCUCAACUCGAGGAAUUUCCUGACCGAGCAAGGCCAGGAGGCCGGCAGGUACCACGGGCCCAACUCCACCUUUGCCAUGCACCCUUACACGUACCAGUGCUCGCGGCUCUCCGGCGCGCAGUGCGCUUCCAGCACCAUGGCUAGCUCCCACGCCCUGCGGACGCACGCCUACUGCGCCACCUACGAGUCGCUCUACGGGAACGCGUCGCCAGACUACAAUAGCUCGGAAUACGAUGGGCCCAUGAGCCCUCCUUUGUGCGUGAACGGGAAUUUCUCCCUCAAGCAAGACUCUUCCCCAGACCACGAGAAAAACUACCACUAUUCUAUGCACUACUCCGCCCUCCCGAGUUCUCGCCCGUCCGGCCACAAUUUGGUGUUCGGGUCUUCUGGGAUGCGCAGCGGCGUCCACUCGGAGAACGUUUUGCCUUAUGAGAUGCACCUCCACCACGACAGAGGUCCCAUGUACGAGGAGCUCAAUGCUUUUUUCCAUAAUUAA